AUGGAUACUUCAACUCAGAAAGCAGUCGUUUACAUUCUUCGUGGUGCUCAAUUGUUCUUCAGCAUCUUGGUCCUAGGUUUAGCAGCCGGUUUACUUGCCGAUAUUGGUACGAACUGGAAUAGAGUAACUUAUUCAUUAGUUAUUGCUAUAUUUACACUUAUAUAUGCUGCUUUUAUUGGUUUGAUUAUGCACGCUAGCAUGGCCCAUACAAUUUUGCCUAUCAUUAUCCUUAUUAUCGAGAGUUUGUUUACAUUGUUCUGGUUAGUUGCCUUUGCUUUGGUUGCGGACACUUUUGGGUCGUUCACUUGCUAUUCAGCUACUUGGUGUAAGCUUGGAAAGGCUCUUAUUCCAUUUACGUUGUUCAAUUGGCUUUUGUUCACGGCCACUCUCAUCUUAUUUAUUGUCUUCACAAUUGUUCCAUUGUGUAAGAUCAACGGGGCUAAUUCAAUAACGAAGCCAGCAACCUUAAGCUACGGCGCAGUGUUUCCAGCAAGUGUGCCAAAGGCUGAAAACAAAGAAGAAUUACCCGCGGAGCAGAACAUCGGCAUCAACACAAGCGACGACGAAGCAAGGGAAGCCAAGGAUACACACACCAACAAUGACUCCUUUGAAAAUGUCGAACAUCCUCAUGAAAUGGACCGAGAAGGAAUUGCUCCCAGAGACUGA